AUGUCUCUCAAGACCGUCGCUGCUGCCGCCAUCCUCGCCGCCGCCCACUUGGUGGCUGGCCAUGGUGCCAUUAUCGAUGCCACCACCGCGGACGGCGGCAAGGCUAUGGGUCUGGGUGUCGAUCCCAACACUCCUCGUGACGGCACUCGUGCCCAGCCCUUCCAGGUUGAUUCCACCCGCUUCAAGGGUCCCAGCUCCGAUACCGUGGGCCAGACCACCGGUGGUGGAGAGAACGACAUUGAGUCCGGCACACAGGCGAUCAUGGCCAUGACUGGCCAGCCGCUUCCUCAGAUCAAAGCCGGCGGCACCCUCGAAUUGACCGUCCAUCAGGUCAACGCUGACGGCGGUGGUCCUUACACAUGCGACAUCAACGACGACGGCACCGCCACCUCGUGGACCGAGGUCGCCGUCCCCCUUACCGUCCCUGGCCAGAACUCCCGCAACCGCGACGGUGCCAUCACCGACCACCCCAUGAGGGUCACUAUCCCCGCCGGUCAGGCAUGCACGGGUACGGUCGCUGGCCAGCAGAACGUCUGCCUGGUCCGCUGCAUGAACGCCGCCCGCGCCGGCCCCUUUGGCGGCGUUGUCCCUGUCCAGAUGAUGCAGGCCGGCGCCACUCCCGCCGCGGCCCGCCGCAACCUGGGCCGCGCCAUCGCCGAGAGGGAGAGGCAGUUCAAGCGCAUGAUGAAGCGGGCCGUCGACGCCGAGGCCGCCGAGCUCGAGGAGGAUGAGGAGUAG